GUUGGGUGCACUUUUUGGCGACCAUGGCGACGACGACACCCGUGCUGGCUGCUCAUGCGACAGAGGAGACGCUUUCUCGCCACGCUUUGGGCGUCUCUCGCCGAGAGUCUGUGGACUUUGCGCGGUCGAUCGAGACCAAUCUCAUCUCGGACCCCGUGACCCGACGCCUGAGCAAACUCAGUGUCUCGACCGAUGCGACGACGACGACGACUGCUCCGGCGCACAGCCCGUCGGACUUCGAGCUGCUUUGCGUCAUUGGUCAAGGCGCGUUCGGCAAGGUCAUUCAAGUGCGGUACACACCAACGGGCGAGAUCUACGCCAUGAAGAUCGUCAGCAAAGAGUAUCUGGUCAAGAAGAACUCGAUCGCCAACAUGCAAACCGAGCGCGACAUUAUGACCAAAGUCAGCCACCCGUUCCUGAUUUCGCUCCAAUUUGCGUUCCAAACCACCGACAAUGUGUUCCUUGUCAUGCAGUACGUGCCCGGCGGCGAGCUCUUUCACACGCUGAGCAAGCAAGGUCUCCUCCUCGAACGGACAGCCUGCUUUUACGCAGCCGAGAUGGUCCUCGCGUUGGAGUACCUCCAUGGCAUGGGCAUCAUCCAUCGAGAUUUAAAGCCCGAAAACAUCCUCCUCGACGCCGACGGCCACGUGUGCCUCACCGACUUUGGCUUGUCCAAGGAACUCCCUGAAGCCAACGAAGCCAACACCGUCUGCGGCACCAACGAGUACAUGGCUCCCGAGAUGAUCCGCGGCAACGCGUACAACCACGCGGUCGACUGGUGGGCCCUCGGCGCGCUCAUUUACGAGAUGGUGACGGGGUACCCGCCUUUCCGGCACAACAACCGCAAGAAGCUGCUCGAGAAAAUUCUCCAGGAAAAGCUCAAGCUGCCCAAGUGGCUGAGCCCGGACACGCAUUCGAUCUUGAAGCAGCUCUUGGAACGCAACGUAGAGAAGCGUCUCGGCUCGGGCAAGUCGACCAUGUUUCAAGUGCGCGGUGUCGCGGCCAUCAAGAAGCACCCGUUCUUCAAGGACAUCGACUGGGGGCUCCUCGAGCGCAAGCGGAUGACGCCGCCCGUGGUGCCAUCCGUGACGAACUCCCUCGACACGAGCUGCUUUGCCGACAGCUUUACCAAAAUGAAGGCGACGAUCGAAUCGGGUGGCGCCGUUGCGCCCGAGUCGCCUCUCUUUCGUCGGUUCUCCUUCACGGCCGCCGACCGGCUCCCGACAACUAACGACGUCGACGCGUGAACCGACCCACUUCGAUUCCCGCGACGGCACACGUUUUUAUCC